AUGAACGGAAUCGCCGCAGAUCCUCCCCCGCCGAAGAGAAAGACAAAGUUUGGCGAUCCGAACAAUCCAGCCGCGGUUGGUUUAGGUGGCAUUGGUGGGGAAAAGCCUCGAGAAGACGAGAAAACAACCUCGACAGUCGCCACAAAAGCGCCUCCUCCUGUUACUCCUCCUCCUUCACCUUCUCCUCCUCCUGCGCCAAAGAUGAAGAAGAGUUCGAAAACAACUGCAGUAGUUUCGACGGUAUCAAAAACGAAAACGCCUUCAUCUCCUCCUCCUUCUAAGAAAGCGAAAUCGACGACAAAUAUACUUCGACCGAUAGCGGAGACUCCGUUAAACCGAGGCGAACCGACCUGCGGAGAACCGUCGCCGUUGGGCGCGACGAGGUUGGAAAACGAGAGCGUGAACUUUGCGCUUCGGACGCAGAACGCGACAAAUGUGACGUUGGUGUUGUAUUCCGAGGAAGAUUUUAAGAGUGGAAAGAUAACGGCAGAGAUUGAUUUAGACCCAACAAGUGGCUUUAGAACGGAAAGAGCGAAGGACGACGCGGUGAUUUGGCACGUCGAAGUGCCGAAUUUGUCCGAGAAGUGUUUGUACGGCUAUCGAGUAAAUGGUCCCAAGUUACCAGGGCACGCGUUUGAUUUUAACAAAAUUGUGUUGGAUCCGUACGCCAAGCACGUGUGUUGCAACCGCGAACGGUACGGGGAAACGAAUCAACGAGCAGAAAACGAUUUGGAAAAGAACUGGCCGCAAUACGCGAGCGGGGUUCCAGCUUUGUAUAAUAGAGGUUCCGAGAAUGAGGCGUUCGAUUGGGAAGGCGUGGAGUCGCCGGAGUACGAACUCGCCGAUUUAACCAUCUACGAAGGUCACGUGAGAGGUAUUGGACAAACGUACGAGGAUAUGAUCGGCAAACUUCCGUAUUUGAAAUCAAUCGGCGUGAAUUGCUUAGAGUUACUCCCGAUUCACGAGUUUAACGAGUUGGAAUAUUCCGACGAAAAUACACGAAACCCGGAAACUGGCGAGUUGAGGAGAAAUUUUUGGGGGUAUUCCACCGUGAACUUUUUCACGCCAAUGACGAAAUACGCCAAAGUUGGCGAAGCCGAUUGCGGACGAAAGAGUAACGACGAGUUUAAAAAGUUAGUUCGAGAGUGUCACAGGAACGAUAUGGAGGUGAUUUUGGACGUCGUGUUUAAUCACACCGCGGAAGGGAACGAAAAAGGAUUGACGCUUUCUUUCAGAGGCGUAGACAACAGAAGUUAUUACGUGACUGCUCCGACUGGAGAGUUCUACAACUAUUCCGGAUGCGGGAACACUUUGAACUGUAAUCACCCGAUGGUGGCAGAUUUAAUCGUCGAUUCGUUGAAACAUUUCGUGGAGGAAUACCACAUCGACGGGUUUCGGUUCGAUUUAGCGAGCAUUUUGACGAGAGAGGCGUCGCAUUAUAAAGGCGAGGAAGGUCCGACGGCCGAAGAGUUGAGUUUGUUAGCCAGCGCGCAACCGAAUAGUGGCAUCAACAACGUAAACUCUGCGGAUUCUACGACGAACGGGAUGCCGUAUAACGACGAAGAGGAGGUGCUCUACGAUCAAGACGGGAACCCGAUUCCUAAGAAUCCGUUACAGAAGAUUCCAAUCGGAACAAAUUUGGAAGAUCCACCCGUGCUGCGCGCGAUUUCCAACGACCCAGUCUUGCGUAACGUCAAGUUAAUCGCUGAAGCUUGGGAUGCCGGCGGGUUGUACCAAGUCGGCACGUUCCCGCACUACGGCGUCUGGGCCGAAUGGAACGGUAAGUUUAGAGACGACGUCAGAAACUUCAUCAAAGGGUCCGACGGAUUCGUCGGUGCCAUGGCCUCUCGCUUGUGCGGGUCCCCGGACAUUUAUCACGCCUCUGGACGGAAACCGAAAAGCUCGAUCAACUUUGUCACCUGCCACGACGGAUUCACCUUGCGCGACUUGGUUUCCUACAACGAAAAGAACAAUUUUUUCAACGGCGAAGACAACAACGACGGCGAAAAUCACAACAUUUCAUGGAACUGCGGCAGUGGCCCGGAGGCUGACGGCCCGACUACGGACAAAAACAUCGUCGCUUUACGCGAACGACAAAUGCGCAACUUUUUCUGCGCGUUGUUUCUCUCUCAAGGCGUUCCGAUGAUCACCAUGGGCGACGAAUACGGUCACACCAAAAACGGCAACAACAACACGUACUGCCACGACAACUACUUAAACUACAUCGACUGGGACCAAGCGUUAGACCCACUCUCUGGCGAUGGUUUGAAACGAUUUUGCUCGGAAAUGGCUGAAUUUCGCGCUCAACACGGCGCCUUCCGCUUACCGGACUUCCCGACCGACGCCAACUGUCAAUGGCACGGCGUCAAACCGCACGAACCAGAUUGGGAAGAAACGAGUCGAUUUAUAGCAUACACCAUCUCCGCCAACACUCCUGAAGACCCGGAAAAGUUCUACGUCGCAUUCAACGCCAACUUUGAGAGUAUUUUGGUCACUUUACCCGAGUUACCAGCCGGAUUGCACUGGAGAUGUGUUCUAGACACCUCUCUGGAAACGCCGUUUGAUUUCGUCAGCGCCGAGGACAUCUCCGACGAAGACAGGUUCACCGCGGAAGCUAUGGUUCGUCCGCAAUUACGAGCGAACAGAUUUACCAUUUUGGAUAGAAGUUGCGUCGUUUUAAAAGCAGAAUUAGAUGACGACGAGGAGGAGGAGGAAAUAUAA